AUCGAUUUUACGAAAAAUACCGCAUUACAGCCCACGAAUGUAACUAAAAAUGGACUCCAGAUCUAUUAAACAAAAAGCUUCAUCCCUUGUAUCGUACUAUAUUCUGUGUUUUCUUCGAGUGGCCCUUGUUUUCGUACCCCAAACGGGUUACAUUCACCCAGAUGAGUUUUUUCAAUCGGUGGAAGUUAUGGCCGGCGAUGAGUAUGGACUAGAAGUGACUAGAACGUGGGAGUUCAACAGUACUUUUCCAAUCCGUUCGAUCGCAAUUCCGUACUUUGGGCUUAAGCUGCCGUUCAGCCUUUUGCGGUUCGUAUCACUUUAUACCAGAUACUAUUGGGGUAUAAAUCUGCGAGGAAGUUACGUUAUGCUGGUCUUUCCACGAUUGCUAAUGGUGGCACUGUCGUUUGUCAAUGACUGGAGUCUAAGGAAGAUUUGCGCAGCUUACGGUUUACAAAGUCAAUUUCGCCUGCUUACGCUGGCCAGUUCCUAUGUCAUGCUAGUAUACUCAACCAGAACCUUCACUAAUGGAAUCGAAAUGGCACUGUGCUCGGUGCUGCUUUACAUUGUCAGUGAUUGUAUGAUCCAUUCCAAUACGGUAAUCUAUCAGAAAGAGUUUUUAGAAGAGAAAUAUCUUAAAGCAAAAAGCUAUGCCGAUAAAGUUAAACUGUACAAACUGACGAGCUCACUACCACGACACACGCUAAACAAGUGUGCGCUAAUCGCAACGCUCUGUGUGGCGGGAGUGUUCAACCGUCCGACGUUUCUGCUGUUCGGAAUGCCACUGGUGUUUCACUGGCUGCUGCGAGGCAUGGGCACCCGGACGGUUUCAUUCGUUGACUUCAACGUCCGGAUUGUAACGUUUGUACUGUCCGCACUGCCAGCGCUGCUGUUUUUCAUUGUGGUGGAUUCCUUUUACUACGGUUACCUAACGUUGGCCGAGCUGGAAAAGUUUGAAAUCGGUAUCAACAACUUUGUGGUGACACCACUGAACUUUGUCCGGUACAAUAUCAACUCGGAAAAUACCAAACAGCACGGUGUUCAUCCGUACUAUCUUCAUCUGCUGGUUAACAUUCCAAUUCUGUAUAAUGUGCUCGGAGUUAUUGCGGUGGUUUCGUUUUUUUCGAUGACGUACAGAUUUGCAUCGAACGAAUUGACGAACCUCCCCCGUGCACAAUCCUUCGUAGGACUAACUCUUUCCGCUGUAUUUUUCCCGAUCUUCAUGCUGUCCUUCAUCAACCACCAAGAACCACGGUUUCUUCUCCCAAUCACUCUACCAUUAGUGCUGCUACACGCUCCGAAGUUAAAAACUGGUUUUUGCAGCUCCUACCCGUUCAAAAUGCGAAGUAAAUUGAAGGAUUUCCUGUACAACUACGUUCUCAGUACCCGCUGCAGCUCUCGGUAUCUUUUUCAAGUGUGGUACUCAACCAACCUAGCGCUGACCCUAUUUUACGGGUUCAUUCACCAAGGUGGAGUCUACCAGCUGGCAGCCCAUUUCGGUCACCAAUUUGAGCUUCGAUCCACAACCACGCAAAUUCAUCUGGUCACAAGCCACAUUUACAGUAUGCCGCAAUGCUUUCUAGACCUGCCAAGCACUCAAACGCUUCUAAUAAACCCACAGACCAGACAAAAAUAUCGCAGAGGAAAGCAAUUUUUCCUCUACGAGUACGGCAGUAUGGAGUUGCCCGAGCUUUACCGGAAGCUGAAGCUCAUAUUGGACAUCGGUGAAAUGAAGGCGAUCAGUAGCAAUCAAAAAUAUUUACUCUUCCUAGCCAUUCCGUCCAGCUUAGCCGAGGAAUUGAACGACGUAUUCCACAACCGCACAACGACUCUUGUUAAACACACGCAAGUAGCCGUAUUUUAUCCUCACUUAUCACUGGAAGCUCCGCCUAAAAUUCUGGGCCAACACAUUUGCGGCAUCAACACCGAUCCGGACGAGUUGGACGAUACCUGCCCCAUCUAUGCCUAUGAAAACGAACAAAAUCCAUACUCGCCAACGCGAAUCCUACGGCAGCUCUCGUCCCUGGUGCAUCAGUUCGGUUUGGUGCUAUAUCGGAUCGAGGUACGCAAGCAGAUCAAAUAACAGGAAAUGACCUACGCCAGAGUCACCAGCGCGACAAUCUGGAUGGCUGCCAGUGAUAUUCGAAGCUAGUCCCCAAGCAUUCCUCUAUCUGUAUGUAGAUAAUUGAUUGAAUUGCUCUUUUAUUAUGAUCUCUGUGCAGUUUGCAAUGUAGAAUACUGCGCUCUUCAACUAUAA